ACCUAAGCUUGUUCAUUUGAUUAUUUACAAUGCCUGGUGACUGAGCAGUGAACUAUUCCGCGUUUCACACAAUUUUUGACAGAAGAGCUUGCAGUAGAGAAUUUUUGGGUGUUUUCUAAAUGAAGAUGGACAAAGUUUAUCUGCAAGGAAAGCCGAAAUCUGCCGUGUGCUGUUCCAACCCCAAAUCUUCCUCCCAACAACAAGCCUGAGUGCGCGGAUUCUCCUAAAUACUCCAUCAUGGGCAGGGGUGGGAAAGGGAAUGACGGAAGGCGAAUCAAUCUGCUCACCAACCACUUUAAAGUUUCUGUCAAUGUACCAGAUGCAGUUUUCUACCAGUACAGUGUUUCAAUUGCUUCAGAAGAUAAGAGAGCUGUCGAGGGAAAGGGAAUCGGGAGAAAGCUUAUUGACAAGCUAUAUCAAACCUAUUCUUCUGAACUAGCUGGUAAGAAAUUUGCUUAUGAUGGAGAAAACACUCUGUAUACAGUGGGUCCCCUGCCUCAGAACAAGCUCGAAUUCACUGUGGUUCUUGAGGAUUCUUUUGCAAAGAGGGAAAGCGACAACCUUGGUGGCGGCGAGAGUUCGGAUCGUUCUGCUAAACGGUCAAAAUGCUCUUUUCGGUCGAGGACUUUUCAGGUAGAAAUAAGCUAUGCUGCAAGAGUGCCCUUGAAGUCGAUCUUUCUUGGUUCAAAAGGAAAGGAUAAGGAUAAUAAUGCCCAGGAUGCUCUAAGAGUGCUUGAUAUAGCAUUGAGACAGACAGCGGCGAAAAGGGGAUGCCUUCUGGUAAGACAGUCAUUCUUCCAUGAUGAUUCAAGGAAUUUCACAGAUGUCGGAGGAGGCGUAGCUGGUGUUAAAGGUUUUCAUGCCAGCUUUCGUCCGACUGAGGGUGGCUUGUCCCUGAAUAGGGACGUGACUACGACAAUGAUCCUCACGCCUGGACCCGUGAUUAAGUUCCUUUUAGCCAACCAGAAUGUGAAGGAACAUCGUCAUCUUGACUGGGCUAAGGCCAAGAGGAUGCUGAAGAAUCUGAGAGUUAAGACCAAUCACAGUAACAUGGAGUACAAAAUAGUUGGUCUUAGUGGGAAGCCAUGCAAUAAGCAAUUUUUCCCUAUGAGACUGAAAAACAGGAAAGGCCCAGAUGACCAGGAGCAGACUAUGGAUAUUACUGUAGCCGAAUACUUCGAUAAGCACCGAGGCAUCGAGCUUACAUACUCUGCAUACUUGCCCUGCCUUGAUGUUGGCAAACCAAAUCGGCCGAAUUACCUUCCUCUGGAGCUUUGUUCACUCGUUUCACUUCAACGCUACACGAAAACACUGUCGUCGGCGCAGAGAGCAUCUUUAGUUGAGAAAUCAAGGCAAAAGCCUCCAGAGAGGAUGAGAAAUCUAGCUGAUGCUUUGAGAAACUACCGAUAUGAUGAGGAUCCUGUGCUAGCUGAGUUUGGUAUUUCCUUGGAAAAGCAAUUGACCAAAGUUGAAGGCCGUGUUCUUGAAUCCCCAAAGCUGAAGGUGGGGAAUGGAAAUGAUUGCAUCCCUCGUAAUGGACGGUGGAACUACAAUCAAAGAACCCUUUUGCAACCUUCCAACAUCGAACUUUGGGUAAUUGUCAACUGUCAUGCUCGCUGUGAUACUCGUCGCCUUUCACGUGAGUUGAUUGAGUGCGCUCGGAGUAAGGGUCUGCGAAUUGAACAACCAUUCUUACUUCUUGAGGAAGACUCCCACAUGCGAAGGGAGAGUCCUGUCAGAAGAGUAGAAAGGAUGUUUCAGAGGUUGCAAGAGCCGAUUAAAAAUGAGUAUGGACGUCGACCUGAUCUCAUUCUAUGUGUUCUGUCGGAGCGGAAGAACUCCGAUAUCUAUGGGCCUUGGAAGAGGAAAUGUCUCAGUGAACAGGGUGUUGUCACGCAGUGCGUUUCCCCAUUGAAGAUAAACGAUCAAUACCUUACAAACUUGCUCCUUAAAGUCAACUUGAAGGUACCAACGCUGCCACUUGGGGGAAUAAAUUCUUUGUUGGCAAUAGAGCACUCUUCAAGAGUCCCCAUAAUAGAGGAUACUCCUACAAUGAUUCUGGGUAUGGACGUCUCUCAUGGUUCUCCUGGCCGAUCAGAUAUGCCAUCUGUUGCUGCGGUUGUCAGCUCUCGAUGUUGGCCAUUGAUUUCGAGAUAUAGAGCAUCUGUAAGAUCACAGUCGCCGAGGGAGGAGAUGAUUGAUGCUUUGUAUAAGCCUGUGGCUGACAAGUCUGAUGACGGUAUCAUGAGAGAACUGCUCUUUGACUUCUACCUGUCAAGCAAUGGACGCAAGCCGACUCAGAUAAUUGUUUUCCGGGAUGGAGUGAGCGAGUCACAGUUCAAUCAAGUUUUAAACAUCGAGCUGAAGCAAAUUAUCAAGGCCUAUCAGAAAUUGGAAGGGAACGAGUAUAUUGCUCCAAAAUUCACAGUUAUUGUGGCGCAAAAGAAUCACCACACUAAGCUGUUUCAAGCUGAUUAUUCGGAAAAUGUUCCGCCUGGGACAGUGGUGGAUUCAAUGAUCGUACAUCCAACAAACUACGACUUCUACAUGUGCGCUCAUGCCGGGAUGAUUGGAACUUCUAGACCGGCACACUAUCAUGUUCUAAUUGAUGAGAUUGGUUUCUCUGCUAAUGGAUUGCAAAAUCUUAUUCACUCGCUAUGCUACGUAUACCAGAGGAGCACCACCGCCGUCUCGAUUGUUGCUCCGAUAUACUACGCACACCUUGCUGCAAAGCAGGUGUCCCAAUUUAUCAAGUUCGAGGACUUAUCAGAAUCCUCGUCUGGACAAGAUUCCACAGCAUCUGCUCGUCUUGUACCCGCUCUCCCCAUGUUGCACAACAACGUCUGCAGCUCUAUGUUCUUCUGCUAG